CGAGGAGAGAAUGGGCUUGGAGCUGCUUAUUCUUAAAUAACGGAUAAAUAUGAUUCAUAACAGCUGUUGGAGUCACUUUGUUCUGUGUGUGUUGGUGAGCUCGGUGGCCUGUUGGCACGAUCUGGACAACACAGAGUAUGACUGCUGGCCGUUGGAGAAACCUAACGAUCAGAACAUGAUUGACUGCGGAGGGUUAGAGAUGGCGUGGGUGGUUCGUCCACCAGGUAAGGUGGUCAGUGGGGAGGUGUUUAGUGUGACCUACUCAGUGACGGCCCGGGACAGCUUCUACCAGUGGGCUAUAAACAACAACGUGUUCCCAAAUAGUUCUAUCAGCUCGGCGGCAGCAGCGAAGAUGUUCUGCGAGAACCACGAUUGUCCUGUCAACUGGAAGGACGCCGAUGGAGAGAACUGCUGUAUCCACCAUGCUAACAUACACUCCUGUCCCCUGGAUUUCAUGACUACUGAGAGAAUAUGUGGGCCGUGGAUCCCAGAUGACGGUCGUAUAUUCACCCACACCCUAUCUACUGCUGGCAAGAUGACUCAAAUUAACUGGACCGCCAAGGUGGUUCUGGUCCAUGUUGGCGUGACGUCUCUCAUUGCUCAUAUCAGAGUGGGUCGGAUGCAGGUGGCUCUGGAGGCAACAAGCAAUGUGGUACCGGCCAUAGCUUCUCUCAAAGUAGCCAUCGGACUUCCAGUCACGAUAGUGAUGAUCAGCUUCGUCAUCCUCGCCAUGUGGUUUAAAUACCAGAAGCAGAGGCUGCUUUGGGAUGAGAGCUGGAUCAUCGACUUCAAUCAGAUCAAACAAGACCAGAUCGCCAGGACCACCAUGGGAAGUAUGAUGUCUGUUCCUAUGGCUAACAGCGACUCUAAUGCUAGCUGUGUGACCACGCUGAGCUCCGGCACGGCACAGGCUAACUCACGGAAACAACUCUUCACACACACCGGAAUAUACGAUGGGAGGUCAGUGGCCAUCAAAAGGAUUCAGACCAAGACCUUUUCCCUGUCCAAGACCAUCAGACAGGAAGUCAAACAAGUCAGGGAGCUGGACCACCCUAACCUGUGUAAGUUCCUAGGAGGUUGUGUUGAGGUUCCCAACGUAGCCAUCAUAACAGAGUACUGCCCUAAAGGGAGCCUGAACGACGUCCUGCUCAACGAAGAUGUUCCUCUCAACUGGGGAUUCAGGUUCUCCUUUGCCAAUGAUAUCGCCAGAGGAAUGUCUUACCUACACCAACACAAGAUCUGUCACGGACGACUCAAAUCACUGAACUGUGUUCUGGACGACCGCUGGGUUUGCAAGAUCACUGAUUACUGCCUGCCCACCUAUCGGAGGGAGGAUGCAGGAGAACCCCUGUCGUCCUAUCAGAUGAGACUUAGAGAAGUUUACAUGCCCCCGGAAUACCAGUCCUCCAAUCAGGAACCAACGCUGGCCGGGGACGUCUUUAGCUACUCUAUAAUCCUACUGGAGAUAGCCACCCGAAGUGACCCUGUACCUGUGGAGGAGAGCAGUUUAGAGAGUGCGUGGUGUCCUCCACUACCGGAGCUCAUCACCGGCAAGGCUGAAAACACCUGCCCCUGUCCUGCAGAUUACGUAGAGCUCAUCCGGAGAUGUCGCUCUCAUAUCCCCGCCCACCGGCCCACCUUCGAGCAGAUCAGGAAGUUUGUCUACCGGAUCAACCCCAACAAAGUCAGCCCUGUGGACAUGAUGAUGAACCUGAUGGAGAAGUAUAGCAAACACCUAGAGGUCCUGGUCGCAGAGAGGACCCAGGAUCUAAUGCACGAGAAACAGAAGACUGACCGACUGCUGUACAGUAUGCUCCCUAAGCAGGUAGCUGAUGAUCUGAGGCAGGGGAAACCGUUACAGGCCCAGAGCUACGUCAGCGCUACAGUCUUCUUCAGUGACAUCGUUGGGUUCACCCAGCUGUCCAGCACCAGUACUCCAUACCAGGUGGUUGACUUCCUCAACAAGCUCUACACAACCUUUGAUGACAUCAUCGACAACUAUGAUGUGUACAAGGUGGAGACCAUAGGAGAUGCCUACAUGGUUGUCUCAGGUGUCCCCAGGGAGAACGGGAUCCACCAUGCAGCAGAGAUCUCCAGCAUGGCGUUGGAUCUGGUGGACGUUUGCAAGACCUUCAGGAUCCCACAUAAACCAAACACACAACUACAGAUACGAGCCGGGAUUCAUUCAGGUCCGGUGGUAGCUGGUGUCGUGGGAACCAAGAUGCCUCGCUACUGUCUCUUCGGAGACACAGUCAACACUGCCUCCAGGAUGGAGUCAACCAGCGAGGCCCUGAAGAUCCAGGUCAGCUCGAGUACAUUCUACUUGCUUGAAGAGAUUGGAGGCUACCUGAUGCAAUGUAGAGGAAUGAUGCAAGUCAAGGGUAAAGGGGACAUGGUGACCUACUGGUUGGAGGGGAAGCAGCCACUCCAGACCUGUAAGGACCCUGGUGUGAAAGGCCCCAGCAUCAAGGUGGCCAACAAGAAGCCUGGGUCCAGUAUGUCGGUGCUGGAUGUGGACAGAGAAAGACAGAUGUAUGCCUCGAUCCCUGGGCUCCUCAACCAUGACCUUUAACCCCUAACUCUCUAUAACUUUAACCUCCCAACUCACUUCCUCCAAACACUUGCUUGUUCUCCAUCCAUCCCCUCUUCCCUCCCCCAGUCCCUUCCACCCUGUCUCCCUUCCCUCCC